UUGGCUCUAAGCAGCCCCAGAGACCUAACCCCGACCACCAGCUCACCUUGGGUUUCCCUACCCCCUCCUGUUCGGGCUUCCCCCUACUAGGUUUCCUCCCCACUUUCCAGCUUUCCUCCUCUUCCUGCCCCCACUUUCCUCUUUGUCUCCUGUUUCCUUUGGUCUGUCUCUCUCUCCAGCCUUGCCUCACACCUGGUUCUUCAAAACGUCCAUUUCUCAUCCCUUAUCCUGAUUGCCUCCCUUUAGAGAGGGUCCCUCUCCCCCACUGUCUGGGGCCUUCUCAGUGGUCCCCUGCCUGUCUCCCUUCCACUCACUACAGAACUAUCAAUCAGCCUCCAGCUUAUUUUUUGGGACCCUUGCUCCCCACCCCCUUUACUGCCCUCUCUUCUCCUAUGUACCCUGAGGUUUCAGCCACCACCCUAUCCCCUCCACACGGCCUGUGCAUCUUGGCCCUGGCCCGCUCAGCUCAGCAUCCUCUGCUUGUACGUCCAGCACACACCUCCCUGAUCAUCGCGUUAUUCCCCAUCGGUCUCUUUGUACCCGCUUCCUUCCUCUUCCUCCCCAUUGCCUCACCUGCUUCUUUCUUGGUCUCCCCACUUCAUCACUCCUUUCUUUUCCUGGGACCUGCUGCCUGCCUGCUCCGUGGUCCUCCCUGGCCCUUGAUCAGUCUCUCCCUUCAUCCUCCCCUGCUGUCCCCUUGCUGUCUGUCUCUUUUACAUCAGGAUUCCAUGGACUCUGACUGCGCCCCUUCUGUGUGAGGAGUGAGCCCCCAUAGACACCUUCAGACACACACACCCCAUCCGCAGCCCUCUCUCUCUUUGGGUCUCUCAGUUGCUUUUUCUUUUCUCUGCCCCCUUCUCUAUUUCUAUUUCCCUUCCUCCAUCUCCCCUAGGUCCAUCUUCGUCUCUCUGAGCCUUCUAUCUCAUCCCAGGGCCUUGGAAAAUCCUGUGGGGUGGUGGCAGGAGGGCUGGAGUCCUGAGGACUGGAAGGAAUUGAGAGUCACAGGCUGGGCACACAGAGCUAACCAGCUCCUGGGAGGAAGGCUCCUGGAAUUCAAGAAGCCCCUUUUUGGGCUCCUCCCCACCCAGAGGCCUCCAACAGCCUCUAUGGGGGGUCCCUGUCCUCAGGGGAUGCUCAGAGCAGACCUCCAUCCAGCACACUUGUCGAUGCUCCUGAGAACCAGGCUCUGGUCGGCUUUGGGAGUGACAAGGAUGAAUAAGACUCAGGCUUCGCCCUUCUGGGGCUCCCAGGCUGGGAGAGAGGGCCCAAGUGCUCCCCAAAAAUACUCAUUGAGUACCGACUACGUGUCAGGCACUGUGUUCGCUCAGCUGUUUAGCUGGGCGAUCAUAGCAAGUCUCUUGUCCUGAGUCUGUUUCCUCAUCGGUAAAGUGGGCUUGUAUAUACAGCAGAGUGUAUAUAAGCCCAGAGCAAGGCUUGCCAAGGGGUGUGCAGGUGGGGAGAGGAGGUGUGGUCCUCAAUCCAAAUUGGUAAGAAUUAGAUAGAACCUUACAGGGCAGGACCCCAGAUCCCACCAGGCCCCACUGGUCGCUAGGCAACCCUGGUGGGGAGUGACGCGUGUCUGCUGUCACCGUGGGGGAUUGUUUGUUCCAGGGGGCUGAGUCAGCGCCAGGCAGCCUGGGGGGUGGGAGGUGCAACACUCGCCGCCUGCUGGUGGUGCCAGCUCUGGGGCAGACAGACGGCACCCUUCCGCUCCCUGCUGGACCCUGUUGCUGUGCCUGACAGAGUCAAUGGGGAGUUGGUGGGGCUGCUCCAGAUGGCCCCAGCUCCCUCCAGGAAGCCCGUGUUCUCUCCUUUCGAGCCUUAAGGGGUCCGGGAUGCUUGGGGGGUGGGCCCGCUGCUUCAUCCUAGGGCUGGUGCUCAGGGGAGGGGACUCCAGAAGGCUCCUCUGCCAGCCUUUCUCCCAUGCCAGCUCCCCCCAGGUCUGUCCCAUCAUCCUGUCAAACACCUGCUCCCCCCAAGAGUUUCCCAUCCCAGUGAGGACAGUGCCGUCCACCAGAUGCCCCAACACCCAAAGUCACCUUGGGUCCCUUUGCCUCCACUUCACUGCCAUUCAAGCCCUCUGGAUUCUGGCUUCUAAAUAGCUCUGGAAUCCAUCCCCACCUCUCCAUCCCCACUGUCCCUCUCUUCACUCAGAUCACCACACCUCCCCACCGCAAGCCCCAGCCGCAACACUCCCAAUAGUCCCCUGACUGGUCUGGCCUGAGUGUAGUAAAGUGGUUAAAAUUUUAACUCUGGAAUCUAACGGGUUUAGAAACCUGGCUUGCCACUAACUGGCUAUGUGGCCUUGGACAAGUCAUUUAAUCUAUCUCAGUUUCCUCAUCUGCAAAAUGGAAGUGAUAAUACCAGCACCUACGUCAUCAGGUUGUUGUAAGCAUCAAAUGAGUUAACAAACAUAAAGCCUGUUGGCAUGGAGGAAGCAUCAUGUAUGUCUUGGCUGGGACCGUUAGCCAGUUUGUACUUCCUGUUCGGUCAAUCCUAAAACAUCAACCUAACCACCCUGCUUUGCUGCUUUAUACCCCUCGAUGGCUCCCCUUUACUUCUGUGUUGAAGUCCAAACAUCUGGUCCGGCCUCACAAGGCCCCCACGUCUGGCGCUGCUGACCUCUCCAGCCCAUCUUUCACCAUUCCCGUCUUUCUUCCCGCUCGCCUCACACUUUCACUUUAGCCAUAUAGAACCUGCAAGCUUCCUGAAUGUUCCUUGUUCUUUCAACCCUCUGCCUUGGUACCUGCUGUUCCUGCUGUUCAGACUGCCUUUCCCGCAUUUGUUCAUCAAACUCCUACUCAAGAGUCCAGCCUGAACUCCCCAUCCCCACGCCACGCUGAAUCAGGCACCCACCCCAGGUUCUUCCUGCACUCCACAGGCCUGAUCACCCUGGAUGUAGUUCACAGUUUUUCUCCCAAGUCUGGGGUUCCUCCCGGGCAGGGGCUGUGUCCCAGGCUUCUGGGACCCUAGUGUUCAGCACGGGGCCCAGCGGAGAACACACUAUCCCUUGGGAUGUUUUGGAUGGAGGUGUAGUGGACAUGUCCUGAACUGGGCAUCAGCACACUAGAGUUCCAUUCCAAAUUGUUGUGUGACCUUGGGCCAGGCUCCACCCCUCUCUGGGCCUCAGUUUCUCCACCUUUGCAGCACGUCCCAUCUCGUCCGAUCCCCAUGUGUGAAUCUUAUGCCACAGAAGAAUGCGUGGGGGGCCAUAAGCUGCUGCCCCAACCCUGACGGGCACACGCCCCUCCCCCAGAUCAUAGCCUUUGACGAGCUGCGGACCGACUUCAAGAACCCCAUCGACCAGGGGAACCCAGCGCGGGCACGCGAGCGUUUAAAAAACAUCGAACGCAUCUGCUGCCUCCUGAGGAAGCUGGUGGUCCCAGAAUACUCCAUCCACGGCCUCUUCUGUCUGAUGUUUCUGUGCGCAGCAGAGUGGGUGACCCUGGGCCUCAACAUCCCCCUCCUCUUCUACCACCUCUGGAGGUACUUCCACCGUCCUGCGGAUGGCUCUGAGGUCAUGUAUGACGCGGUCUCCAUCAUGAAUGCUGACAUCCUCAACUACUGCCAGAAGGAGUCCUGGUGCAAACUCGCCUUCUACCUGCUCUCCUUCUUCUAUUACCUGUACAGUAUGGUUUAUACGUUGGUGAGUUUCUAAGGGGGAAGCCGGCCAGGGAGCGAGCCCAGAACGGACCGGACGCCUGUGCACCCCCAGCCCUGCCCCUGGGCCGCAGAGGCCUCAGCCCUGGGGAGGGAGGGGGCACUGGUGCCCCCAGCCUCCUCUCCCCCACCCCCAAACUGCUGCUGCGGGGACUUCCCGCCUUCAGAGCCCCCUCCCCUUGGACUAGGGCUGGGCAGAGCUCUAAAUAGGGGCAGGAGCUCCUCUGCCAGCCUGUGGGCAUGGCAGUCAGUCCUGGAAGGGGCGGGACCUCCGGCCUUGUCCACUUCAGAGGGCAUUUAGGCCCUGCCACGGGGCAGGGCUUGACCCUGGAAGUUCUGGGCCGCCCCCUCCACCACCACCCCCACCCUGGGGCUCCCCCUGCAGGUGGGGCGGUACCCACACCGGGAAUGAGCAGGCUCAGCAGGGGGGCAGCCCCACCCCUAGUCUGCCCUCCUCCCUCCCCCAGGCUUUCUCUCCAGACCCCUCCCUGUCCCCCCUUGCCCCAACCCCAGCCACCCUGUC